AUGAGCUGCAUCAUUGCCGCCGCCGCCCUGGCAGCGGUCGUGCCGCGCGGGCUGCCCGACCCGGCGCGCUUCCGCUACUGGGUGGACUACCAGGCGCUCUCCAGCCUCGAGAGCGCCGCGCUGGCGGAGCGCGCGCUGCAGGCGCUGGGCGGCGUCAGGACGGGCGGGCCCCCCAAACUCGACCCCAUCAGCGCCCAGAAGCAGAAGAUCCGCGACUACGGCUACAUGCACAUGGGCGCGUGGGACCUGCUCCUGUCCAUCACCGCCAAGGCGAUGCUGGCCGCUGAGGUGCUGCGGCCAGGGCAGCUGGUCAGCAUCGUGCCGGGCUGCCUGGCCAUCAGCCGCAAGACGUCGCUGGUCCGGAGCCUCCUCAACGCGUACGGCCCCGAGGUGGCAUUCAGCCUGGUGCCAGUGACCUUCAAACUGCCAGAGGAGCUGGACGACUGGGCAGAGUGGGUGCGGCAGCACCCAGACCAGGACCCAGGCUUGUGGAUGCUCAAGAACAACAAGCAGCGCGGCACGGGGCUGCGCCUGGUGCCCACAGCGGAGGCGUUCCGCGCGUGCUUUGAGACGUGCACGCGGCCGGGGCUGGAGGGCAUGAGGCUGUACCGCUGGUACCUCGCACAGAGAUACGUCACCGACCCGCUGCUCAUCAACGGCCGCAAGUUCGGGCUGCGCCUGUGGGCGCUGGUGCCGGGCGCGCGGCCGCUGCGCGCCUACCUGCAUGCCAACGGCCUCGCGCUGUUCAGCUCGGAGCUCUACCGACCAGAGGACGCCGGCAAGCCCUCCGCCGGGGGCGUCGCGGCGGGCCACAUCACCAACUACGCCCAGAACGAGAACGGGGAGGUCUGGGACCUGCCGCGGCUCGCGGCGCACGUGGGUCUCGGCAAGUGGCGGGGCCUGUGGCGCAAGUCCACCUUCCAGUACUUUGGCCUUGACUUUCUGGUGGACGCCUCGCUGCACCCAUGGCUCAUGGAGGCCAACGCAACGCCCAGCAUGAAGGUGGCCCACGAGGACCCCGCCACGCAGCAGGUCAUCCACGACGCAAAGUGGCCGGUAGUCAGGGACAUGUUCACGCUGCUGCAGGUCGGGCCGCAGAGGUUCAACCAGGAGGCCACUGGCCACGAGGCGACCAUCCCCGAGGUGGAGGCCGAGCUGCAGCUGCGCGGCGGCUUCUUCCCUCUUAUGCACCUGUUCCCUCGCGAGGAGGACACCCCCGGCCUCAGCAUACCCUGGACCCCCGCAGACGCCAGGCUGAGGGAGUGGAUGGCCAGCAGCAGCACGUACCAGACAGCAAUCGCAGGCGGCUGA